CCUGGAUGACUCGUUCCAUUGAAGCUGAUGUGGUUUAACUUGUGAGCUGCUGUAAUAUUUAUUCAGCCCUCUUGCUAUUAUCUGGGCCCCUGACAAGUGAUUUUUUUUUUAGAUGAAGGUGUAUUUUAAAUUACGUGCAAGGGAGGGGGGGGGUGGUCUCCUUUGUUCUGGAGGGGCUUGGUCCUCCUGGAUGUCCCUGCCAUUUUAAGAUGGGGGUGCAAAGUGUGAACAAGGGGGUUGACAUUGGAGCCUGGCGAUGGGUGUAGAGGAGGGAGCAGGACAGGGGGAUGCAGUCAGUCUUGUACCACAGCUCCGCGGAGGAACAUCACUGAUGACCACUGUCACAACCAGGGAUGUGUGUCUAUGUGUGUGUGUGUGCGUGUGUGUGUGUGUGUGUGUGUGUGUGUGUGUGUGUGACUCCCUCAGCCACUUCUGACUGACUUCAAGACACCCAGCACAGGAUCCUCAAGGCUGUAAGAAGGACAAGAAGAAGUGUGUCUCUACCCAACGGAGCCGCGAUCAGGGAUAAAUACACACGCCUGGGUUCCAAUACAACACCAAACACACACGCAUGUUGUGUCACAUGUGUGUUGCAGCAGCCGACUGCGGACAUCGCAGGGAAUCACAUUUUCACGCGCUCACUUUUUCCGCCGAAGCGCACGUUGAAUCCAAGAGAAGAUGCGAGUCCUGCUGCUAAUUUUCGUCUCCCGCGUUCGCGUUUUUUUAGCCCACAAUAAGUGAGGAAGGAUGAAAUGACACUUGUUAUGAAGGAUUAUGGUCACCGCUUUCCGUCACCGGCUCACGACACGGUUUCACUCGCAGUGAUAUCAGAUGAUCCCGGGCUUUUUGAAAAGGAACAAGAAAGCGAUGCGGACUUUCUAGAACUUGUGUUUCGACGCAGUCGCCCGGUUAUUCCAGCUUCCACACACAGCGGUCUGCGCGCCGCGCUUUUCCCCGACGUCGUGCGGCGUCGCUUGUUCGCUUCGCCUCUUUCGCCUCUCGCUGCAUCCCCUCGCGAGCUGCGAACAAAGUGUCCUUUCCGGCAGCGCGCUGUCACUCGUCGUCCCCCGCGGAAUUGAUGAGGAGAACAUUUCGCGAGAAAGCAGACGAUUCGACUGCGAUCGCGCGACUUCGACAUGGUCCCGUCCAGACUGAGCUCUCUGCUCGCGCACUUCUUCGUACUUUGCGCCUACGUGCAGGUAACCGUUCAAUCCUCACCAAAUUUUACGCAGCAUGUGAGUGAGCAAAGCAGGGUGACGGACCGGGUGAGUCGCCGCCUCAUCCGCACCUACCAGCUUUACAGCCGGACGAGCGGCAAGCACGUGCAGGUCCUGGGGGACAGGAACAUCAACGCCAUGGCCGAGGACGGGGACGCGCACGCCAAACUCAUAGUGGAGACGGACACGUUUGGAAGUCGGGUUCGUAUUAAAGGAGCCGAAACUGGAUACUACAUCUGCAUGAAUAAACGAGGGAAACUGAUUGGCAAGACGAACGGCCAGGGGAAAGACUGUGUCUUCACAGAAAUAGUUUUGGAGAACAACUACACAGCACUGCAGAAUGCCAAAUAUGAAGGAUGGUACAUGGCCUUCACGCGGAAGGGCCGGCCCAGAAAGGGUUCCAAGACACGUCAGCACCAGCGAGAGGUUCACUUCAUGAAGCGACCGCCCAAGGGGCACCACUUGCCCGAGCAUCGACCAUUUGACUUCAUCAACUACCCCUUCAACAGAAGGACUAAACGCACCCAUCGCUCGGGCCGACAGUGAACAAGUGUUAUGGUGGAUGAAAACGGGACCACAGCUAAAAAAAAAAACAGUGGUCUU